AUGAACUCCACUACAAUCACUUGGGUUGAAUGUCCACCUGAUUCGACUUUCGGAACCCUCGAGGCAAUAGAAUGCGGCCAGAUCACAGUGCCACUCAAUCAUAGCGACCCUCAUGGAGACACCAUUCAGCUGAUGUUAACUCGGCUCCGGGCAACUAGCUCCAAUAAUCUUGGGCCUCUCUUUCUCAACGCCGGCGGGCCUGGACUGUGGACUUCGAACUUGGUCAAGGCACAAGCCUAUUUCGAGAAAACAGGACGUGAAGCCUCACGGAACUUCAGUCCUGACCUGCGCAAUUCCUAUGACCUCAUUGGCCUUGACAUGCGCGGUGAGGGAUUGAGUCAGCCCAUAUUCUGUAACUCAGAAAUCUAUAACCGCCCAUACAAAAUGAUGCCUACAGAUCAAGCAAGUUUUGACCAGCUGUGGAAGAGAAACAGGGCUUUUGCCGAGAGCUGCCACAACAUGACGGGGCCUCUGUUCACCCACCUAGGAACUGACCAAGCGAUCCGGGAUUUGGACCUCGUCCGGCAAGCUCUUGGGGCAGACGUGUUCAAUUAUCUGGGAUACUCGUACGGCACAGAGGUUGGGUCUGCAUACGCUUCUCUGUAUCCACACACUGUAGGCCGCAUGGUGAUUGAUGGUAACCUUGAUCAUUCCAUGACUGUUCCUCAGGCAGUCAUCAGUCUGGCAAAUGCAUUGGAAGAUACAUUGGAAUAUUUCUUCAAGUGGUGUAACACAACGACCGAUAACGCCCUCUACGGCCAAGAUCAACAUGCUGUGUGGGAUGGCAUCCUCAAGCACGCCGAUGAAGGUACUCUCAUCGCUGCGACAUGCGAGGAGACUGGCAAGUGCAACUCCACCAUCACUGCCGAUACUUUUGUAUUCAAUGCGCAAGGCCUCAUGGAGAACGGUAAUGUCAAAAAGAGCCUUCCAGGCGCUAAGAGCGACUUCUACCUACUGGCGGAGCGUCUUGAUGCUGCCCGCGACGGCAACGGCACAGCCUUUGCUGCGCCAUACGCUACGAGCAACUCAUCUUCUGAUCCAGCGAUGGGGGCGUCAUAUUCCUUUGUUUCUAUCUUCUGCUCAGACUGGGCUCACACCAUCCGUUCCGUUGGAGAUAUGCGAGCCAUUGCCACGGCAGCCAACAUUGUGGCUCCUCGUACACGUGGACUUGGGACCAUGGCCAUCGCACAGUCAAACUGUGUCGGCUGGCCAUUCUCACCAUCGUUCCAUCAACGUCAUCUUGACUUCAGCGGGGUGCCAGACCUGCCCCCCAUCAUGGUAGUUGGUUCCUUCCACGAUGAGGCUACUGCGAUGCAAUGGUCGGUCCAGCAGCGGUUUCAGAUUCCUAAUGCAUUCAACGUCUGGCGUAACGGUGGUGGCCAUACCGACUAUCAUUUCAUGGGAGAGACGCAAAAGGCUAUCGAUGCCUUUUUGUUAAAUGGCACUAUUCCAGAGGAUGGGACUGUGUAUAGCACAUAG